CAUUUACUUUAUUCAAAUGACCUCAAGUAAUUAAACGAUUAAGACAAAUAGUGUUUAUUUUACAGUGUUUAAUUGUUUAUUUAUUUGUAACUUGGAAUUUAUAAAAAAAAUACAGAUGGCUUCAGGAAGACCCAUUAAGUGCGUUGUUGUUGGCGAUGGAACGGUAGGAAAGACUUGUAUGUUGAUUUCGUACACAACGGACAGCUUCCCCGGCGAGUACGUUCCCACGGUCUUCGACAACUAUUCGGCACCGAUGGUAGUGGAUGGAGUACAAGUAUCGCUAGGAUUAUGGGAUACCGCUGGGCAGGAGGACUACGACCGGUUACGACCGCUUUCCUAUCCACAAACGGAUGUUUUUCUCAUAUGCUUUAGCGUAGCGAGCCCGUCAUCAUUCGAAAAUGUCACUUCCAAAUGGUACCCUGAAAUAAAACAUCACUGCCCGGAUGCGCCAAUUAUUCUAGUUGGUACCAAAAUCGAUCUGCGGGAAGACCGAGAGACGCUAAGCGCUCUUGCCGAACAAGGCCUGUCAGCACUCAAACGGGAACAGGGACAAAAACUAGCCAACAAGGUUCGCGCCGUAAAAUAUAUGGAGUGCUCCGCUUUAACGCAGCGUGGCCUAAAGCAGGUAUUUGACGAAGCCGUACGAGCUGUUUUACGGCCUGAACCACUCAAACGACGUCAACGAAAGUGUGUUGUGAUGUAAGCAGUCUUCGGAGUAUUUCGUGCUCCACCGGAAUCUCUUGUACAUAGGAUUAAGUAAAGUGAACAAAUGGUAGAGAAACAGCUGAACAAUACUCAAUCCUCGAAUGUCAAUGGAUGUUUUUGGAGAGAAAAUACGAACGGUAAGAAAAUAUUCUAAGCAUUAGUUUUCAAUCAACCAAAAAUUAAAACAAAAGUUUCGCACAGUUCAAAUGAAAAAAAAAGAAGAAUUAAUUUGUUUCACACAUUUUUGUGCCAUUGCAACAUUCACAAAGGUGUCACAAGAAUAGUGUACGAACGAAAGCGGACACCUAAUUUCAAUAAAAUGCCUAUAUACCUCAUUCAUCGAAAAGACCUGCAUGUUUUUUUAAUCAGAAAAUCGCUUUGAAAUUUUGUAAGAUUUACACAACACGAAAACUCAGCGUAAAUUUCAUUACGAAUACCACCCAACACAGACAUCCCAAGCAAACUGCAAGCUAUUGCAUCGAACUUAAGAAGGCCUACGUUCAAAAACAAAAUGUUUCCAUCGAGCGAUAUUUUUUUGUAGAUUUCAAUGAUUUUGUAUCAGUAGAAAAAAAAAAAGUUCGUAUGAUUAAACAUAAGAUCAAAAAAUAAAACUAAAAGUUAAAACUGUUGGACACUGUUUAGCCGAAAAUAUUUCAAAAAGACGAAAAAUGGUUCAAUCAAUACUGAGAGUAGUUCAAAUUAAGUUUUUCAAAUUUAACAGGAUCUGCAGUGAAACGGUUACGCGCAUCUGCUUUUCACUAGCUGUGACGCUUCGCAUUUCAUUACUUUUUUCAACAACAUUUUACAUGAUUUUACUGGGAGAAAAUAUUUGCAAUAACUUUGACUGAAGCAGAAUAUUUCCCACAAAUUCGUACUACUGGGUAGCUUAAAUCUCGGGUUUGUUAUUUCUUCAGUUUUUGGUCACGAACAGAACAAGAAAAGUAAAUCUAGUCACUAGUGAACGUCUGAAUAUUUGAAAACAAGCAAAUGACGUAAAUUAGAGAAAAAAACGAGCAUUACAUUACAAUGAAAGGACAUGAAAAGUCAAUUUCUGACAGGACGAACACAACAAGAGGUGACAACAGCAGAAACAAGCGGUGAUUUAGAUCUUUGAUCUAAUUUUCAUUAAAAACCGAAAAUCAAUUAUAGUAUAAUAGUUUAAUAAUUUGCAACGUUGCAAUUUUUUACCCUCACGAAUAAUCAAAAACAAUGAUUUUCGUCAUAUCAAUAUAGGUUAUAUAAAUGUGCACCGUAGCGUUGCGACAGAUAUUCAAGCAUACAAAAGCAUUAAACAUGAUUUAAAUAAUAACAUAUAGCUUAGGUUUCGGUUUACUGUAACUUACCUGCUCGCAGUUUUGGCUAGUAUAGGCAUUGGUUGAGCAUCAACACCAAAGCGAGCUGCUGAAGCCAAUUAUAAUGUAAGACAAAGCGCAAUCUUUCUGACAAAAUAGUUCAAGUUCUUUUCUGUUCCACUUAAAUAACCAAGAUCUGUUUUAUUAGCCCUAAUUUUACUUCAACUGACAUGACACAUGAAACAUUUGUACACAAGGCUAUUGCUAAUCGAGUAACUUGAUUUCUUUAGAUUUCUCAGCAUUUAUUGGUUUUUCGCAUUUUCUUACUGCUAAUUAUAAUUACUUUCUGUAUGAUUGUAGAA